AUGGAUACACUUCCUGUUACAGCUAUACAGAAAGCCAAUGCUACACGUAGAGACAAAAUUCUAUCACAAGUGUACGAUAUGGUGCAACAUGGUUGGAGUAGAUAUAAACCUGAUUCUGUUUCGCCUGAAAUUGAUCCAUAUUGGAACAGACGAAAGAAAUUGUCUCUACAUCAGGGAUGUUUAAUGUGGGGCUGUAGAGUAGUGGUACCGGAGGCUCUACAACAAAAUGCUCGCAGCUAUAUUUGGUGGCCAAACUUAGAUCAGGACUUAGCUACCCUAGUUAAAUCAUGUAACGGUUGUACGCGGAACAAAUCAAGUGCACCAGAAGCUCCUAUUCAUCCGUGGGAAUUCCCAACGAGACCCUGGAGUCGCGUACAUGUGGACUUUGUCGGUCCUUUUCUUGGACACAUGUUUUUUGUUGCCGUGGACGCUUAUUCUAAGUGGCCUGUCGUGAAAAUUAUGAAUUCUACUACAGCUACUCAUACCAUUGAAGUCCUCCGUGCUAUUUUCGCAGAUUGUGGAAUUUGUGACCAAAUCGUCUGUGACAACGGACCUCAAUUUGUAAGUGAAGAGUUCCGUACAUUUUUACAAAAGAAUGGUGUCAAAGUUACGUAUAGUGCACCAUAUCAUCCGGAGACGAACGGUUUGGCCGAGCGAAUUGUAUAG